AUGAAUGUUGCAGACAUUGCGAGUGGAAACAAUUCUAUUUCCCUCAUUAAUAAGGUCGAUGAUGUGGUGCUCGGUUCCUUUUUCGGUCAAUCGCGACCAGAUCUACUUGCGGGGUAUCUCUACCAUGUGGGGCCCCGCGAAUACGCAAUUUCUCGUCACGCUCAUCAUACUAUAAUGAAGUCUUAUCACACCGCUAAUAGUAACGGCUGUUCAUCGUUGGAUCAGUAA